GAGUUUCAUCUACUUGGGUCGUGCGCGUACGUGCUCCUAGCGCUGGCUUCGCCCUAUGCUAAAUUAAUACAAAGUUUGUUAUUUGUUUGUUGAUAUUAACCUAAAAUUGAAUCAAAUCGCGCAAAAUGGGCGUGCUAAGUGUCGGUAGUGUACCAGGGCAGGCCCUUGCAGUGAUCCGCUGGCGAAUUAAACAGGAUUAACCUCAUUCGGGCGAGACUAGCAUUCCACCACUGCCUUCACUGAAGCAUGGUAAACAGUGGUCCAUUCGACUCAGACGGCGGCCAAGGGGAUCGAAAUGCGAAAGCCAGUUGCACGCAGCCACACACCGCCUCCGACAGCACGCAAUCAUCUAGCCCGGUCACGGCCAGCGUUGCCUCAUCGCGUAAAACCGGCUGCUCGCAAACAGCUGACAGCGACGCCAUCGGCCCGACGCCGACGAAGACCGAGUUCAACAGCGACAUGCCCCUCAAAAACAUCUCCGCCGACGACGACAACGUAGACGAAGAGGAAAAGUCCAGCCCGCCGAUGGAGACGGUGCGGGACGUGCUACCUCCGGUCAAGCCGACGCGGAAGCUGCUGUGCUUGUACUGCGACAGGACGUUCGUCAGCUCGAAUCUGCGACAGAAGCACGUGAAGCGCGUCCAUUCCGCGAAGAAAAACCGUCGCCUCAGUUCGCGCAAGCAAGGACAGAUCGCAGCGGCGCAAUGCGUUCAUUGCGACCGACUGGACGGGACCGAGAACACACUGACGGAUCUCUUCCAGCACCUUGUCAAUGAACACUCCAACAAGUACUUUGGGUGUAUUCCCUGCGAAGACAGAUUCCCUUCCGGGGCUGUUCUUGCGGACCAUAAUACCGAGUUCCACUUCGCUCCUCCGAUUGAAACCACCGUGAGGGAGACUCCCUCGAAGCUGACCAGAAGUCGGGUGAAACCUAAACCGAAUCCGCCGAAGCUGAAGGAGCUGCGCUGCAAGAAGAUGUCCAUUAAGAGCUCGCGCAUCGCGCUCAAGCGCCGCGAAAGCAAACGAAUACAAGCUCUUUCGAAGAUUCCGGAGAAGCGCAGGCCGAAACCUUCGGAGAAGAAACAGCCCGGUGGCAAGCCGGAGCAACCCCAUAGUACAAAAUCGACAGAGAAGACGAAGUCGAGCUGCGUGAACCCCUAUCCCGAAUUCGAUAACUUUUACCGCGUGAAAAAAAUAACCGACCAUUCCAUAGACAAUUUGAAGAUAAGCUCCUUGACAUUCGACGACGUGUUCGACAAGGCGUUCUUCAACCGAAUCAAGUGCAAUAUAGAGGAGAACCUGCUGCAUCACAUCGACGGGAAACUGUUCAAGAACGAGGAGUCGGAGACGAGGAUAUCAAACUUCGAGAAAAUCCCGACGACCCAGCAGGAAGUCCAGAACCCCAAUUCGGACAAUUACGGCUGCGAGCUCUCGCUCAACGCGGUCACUCCAGUGCCGUCGCUCUCUCUUAACUCCCAGUUCGGGGAAGAUUUCGAAUCGCAGAUCGAGUACGGAGCGAAACCCUCCAAGAAGAAGACACAGACAAAGAAGGACGAGGUGCAUUACAAGUAUUUCACGCGGCGCAAGUACCAGGCGUGCAUGAUGGAACAGAAGGAAAAUCGCGACCUCAGCAAGCUGGACAUGUGGACGCAGCUGGUGAUCAAGAACCGUCAGCAGAAGAUAAUUGACGAUAACAAGACCGCCAGGGAGAUCUUCGAGUACAGCACUUGCAACGAGUACCAGAGCAAGCUGAAGCGCGAAGAACUCAACAGAAUUUUGGACAGGCGCGGACCGUUCGAGGACCUUCGCGAGGAGGCCAGCAAAAAGGCCGCGUUGGAUAAGCUGAACUCUGAUGCCGAGGAUAGCAUCAGUCACGAGAGCUUCACGCACGUGCGGGAAGUUCUAGACGAGGUCCUGGCCAGAGUGUUCGCCGCGACAGAAAACGACGUGGAGGUCGUGGAGGAAAAACCCUCCACGAGCAAGAAGCAAGAUCUCAGGGAAAUUCCAAGUUAUUUGAACCUGCAGCUGUCUUCGUCACAGCACGGCGACAUCGAUAAAUCCGACAAGAUCACGUUGAUCUGCUCCUCGCAAGAAACGGAAAACUUUGAGCUGCCGACGAACCAGGUCCGGGGUAAGAACGAGCUGGUGGAAUUGUCUGGAGAGUGGGCGAGGAGCCGGAUGUACAUUUGCGCCGCUUGUGGUGCUAAGCUCCCCAACAUGAAGUACCUUUUGGAGCACAAGACUCUAUAUCACCAGAACGUCUGGGUGCAGCACUACGAGUUUGUUGGGAACCAGAGCGAGCUCUAUCGACAUCUGAGCAUUCCGGCAUUGGGCAAGGUCGGGGAGGUUGAGAACAGUGUGCAGUGCAAGUUGUGGAAGCGCAGUGAAGCUCGGGCAUGUACAAAGUGCGGGAAGCAGUGCAAUGCUCUCGGGGAAUUACACAGGCACGUUUUGGAGUGCGGGGGAGAUUGGACUUGGAUGCUGGCCAGGAAAAAGUGCAAAUACAGACCCUUUGGAGCUAAGUCGAGAAGGAAGAAAAGAGGUUUGGUCCAAAGAAUUCGACACAAACAAAAGACUGAUUCCACGGAGAAGAAGAAGUACAAGAAGACGUUCGAAGGUCCGAGGCAGCGUCCUAGUGACGCCGAUACAAUUCAGCGGAUGCUGGCAAAUUUACCUGCGAAACGAUCCACCAGAAAACUCAUAUCGCUCUACGAUGGCGUUUGCAGAGCUAGAAAGAAUAACCAAAUGCAACAGAACGUAAAACAGAAAAAAGUUAAAUGCGGCAAGGUGAUUUAUAAGAGCAGCAACAUGAAAGAAAAUACGGAGAAAACCAUCAACACCGCUAGGGUGGCGAUUCCUCAGAAAAGCAGCGGUUCCAGUAGAAGAUCGCUCAGAACUUUGAAUAGGGUGCUGUCAAGUAGGAUUUUAGAUACCAAUACUAAACUCACGGUGAAGCGGAAAAUGAAAGUAUUAAACGAGCGGAGACGUACCCGACAAUCCUUGGUAACGGAGGAGACCAAUGAAAAUAACGCCGAAGAUGGUUCGGAAUUAGCCUCCCUUGCCUCUCAGGAUAAAAAGCUCAAGAAAGAUAAACUUGAAUUAGCUCAAAGCACCGCUAAAAGGACGUCGCCAAGAAGCACGGCGAAAAACACAAAGAAAAUGACGAUGAAAAAGCUUCUGUCGGGAAAUAUUAAUAUAAAAUCAUUCUUCCCUGUAAAAAAGCGGGAAAACAAGAAAGCUUCCCGAGAAAGUAUAGCUCCUGGUGCCGAAAAUAAUGGUACAGAAACAAAAAGCAGAAGCAGGAAGUCUAAGGAUGCACUCGAAGAAAAUGUUGUAGAGAAUAUUCCCAAAAAAAGCAAAGACACGUUCGAAAAGCUGGUCCGAUCUCUAAGUAUGCGCAAGAAAAAAAUCCCGAAGUUGUCGCCACCCUCUGAAACUCUUGCAAGCGAAACCUCGAAAGAACCUUCUGCCGUCGAUAAACCUACGAAAGAAGACUUGGACAAAACCAACAAGAAACGCAAACUGAAACGUAGCUUUCGAAAUGUCAUCAAUAGGGUUAAGAGGCUCAAAAUAGAUAAUGCCUCCGAAGUCGGACAGGAGAUGUCUCGUACGAAAGGUACGAGCGAAACCAACGUCAAGAGUACUUUUUUAGAGGAACGUCAGCCGGAAAAACCAAACCUGCCGCCGCAGCCCGUGAAAAUUGUAGUCCCGUCAAACUUAGAAGCAAAAGAAAACACAGCUGACAUAUCAGAAACUGCCCACAUUGUGAUGAACCUUAGCGAAACAAAUGAAAGCUCCAUCAUGCCAGAAAAUAUCUUUAAAUUAGAAUCUAAUAACGAGAAGAACCUUCAAGCCAAAGGAGAAUUGAACUUCGACACGAAGCCAGAUAACAAGCAAAACAUCGCGGAAAACUGCACGAAAAUCACGGAAACUGACUUGACGAAGUCGGAUAAAACGCAACCUAUCACCAUAGAGACUUCUGAGAAGCCCAAAAUCGUGCCUAUGAUAUCUCCAAAUAUGAAGGGGAAGAUAAGAAAACCUGCUAGAGGUUUAAACGACUGUAUAGCUAUGUUAACCAAUAAACUCCAGCAAAAAACUACCGAAACUAUAGCCAAAGUCGGCAUUUUCAACUUGCUGCCUUCACGAAUCGCUCCCAAAGUGGUAGAAGAUCCACACCCUCCAAAAACUGAGUGCAUCUUGAGGAUACCCACUUUCAAAACACAAGAUACUGUUGAAGAAACCGCGCUAGAUCUCACCACCAAGCCGAAAAAUUCGUUUGUAAAUCCACCCCUAUUCGGCAAGGUUCAAAUCAGUAAUCCCCUGCAGAACUUGCUGUUACCAAACAAUUCUUUUCUACCUCCAAAAAGUAUUAAAAAAUGGAAUUCUGUCGAUAGGAUUAUAGAAGACGUGGUCGAGAAUAAAAAUUCCAAUGUUAGCGCAACAGAAAACGUUGUUAAAUAUAAACUUCCGGAAGAAUCUACUUUAAGAUCCUGGAACUCUGUCGACGAAAUAAUUCAGACUGUCGUGAGCGGAUAUCAAGUGGAAGAGCCUCGAGAGAGAUCUAGAACCACCGUUGACGACGUUAUAGAUUUUGUGGUGGCAGGAAAUGUAUAUGGCGCUGAAAGAGAUGCGACCACUCCGGAUAUAAAUACAGAUGCCUUGACAAAUAAAAUCAGAAAGAGCCGAUCAGUGAAUGAUUUAAAUCUGGUCAGUGAAAAGAAACUGAGUUCAGUUACGAAGAGAGAAGAGAAAAUAUCGACCACUUCGACAAUGGAAGAGGAGAUCGCUAGAAGAAGCGAAGCAAUUAGCGAUACCAUUGAUUUCGUAGUUUCAGGUGGUAGUUUUGACGUUCCUACUCCAGAAACUGCUAAGUAUGUUAUACAUGAAUCGAAAAGUAAACCUGAAAGGAAAAUCGGAUCUUUGCGAAAACAAAAGAAAAAAGUCUCCAAAAUAAGCAUAGUUGGUGCAGAAGAAACCCCUCCUAAGGUUGAAGCUGUUGUCUUGAAAGUAAAUCUCUGUCCCGCCGAUACUGAGGGUCAAAGUCGACAGAAAAAUGUCUGUGAUGAAAAUAAAGAAAUAAAAAGUCAUGUCGCCAGCAACAGUACCUCAAUCCAGUUAGAAGUCUCUGACGACAAAUCUAAUGUUACAAAAACCUGCGACAUCGCCGAAGAUGAUUCUCCUCUCAUUGAGAAAAAUGCUAAUAGCCUAUAUAGCAUUUCCGCCGACCCAUUAGAGCCAACCCUCAACAAGGCUUUCAUUCAGUCGCCAAAGGUUGAUUUGAGACACCUUCAAGUUAAUCGAGUCAACAGGACUUCAAGAAAAGUAGGUCAAGUCAGAAAGGGUUUAUCUAAACAAAGGAAAUCAAUUUCCUCAGAAAACAAACCAGUCCCUGCUGUAAUAGAGACACAUUUAGAUGACUUGCUUGAUAUACAGGAAAUGAACUGCCAGUCUGAACUGUCGGUUUCUUCCUUUAAGAUUAGCAGUAUCGCCUCGUCUAGUGAACUGUCGACGAAAGAUUUGAAACUUUGUAACGAAGAUGAACCUCGCAUAUUCGAAAACAAGGCUGUCAUAGAGUCCCAUCCAAGUGACUCUGACGAUGACAUUCCAUUGAUAUCACUGUUGAGGGUUAAUGAGAAAAACGCUAAUGAAAACGAAAGUGUUUCUGAUAAAGCUGAUCCCGAAAACGUUUCUGGUUUGUUAAUACAGGAACAAGGAACAUUUAAGGCAGCGAAUGAUUCUCUUGGUGAUCAGAAUAAAGACAGUGGUAUAGAAACUGAUAGGAGUGAAGAAAGUGGUUCUAUAGAUAGUGAGAAAAUAAAUGUAUUUGCACAAUUAUCUCUGAGAGGCAGUCCAGAACUGGGCUUAGAUUCAAUGAGCAAAAAUAUUCCAUUGAUUGAGGAUCCACUAAUUGAAAAAGAUGACGUAUGUAGAAGUGCAAGAACUUUAUGCACAAACAUUCAAAACAUUACUCCGGGGGAUAGUCUUGAACGAGUACCAGAGAAAAUCAACGAAAAAAUCUCACCGACUCGCGAAGCUACAAAUGAAAAAAGUGACUCUCAUGAAAAUUCAAUUACUUCAGGCAUUGUCAUUGGGAAGACUAUGCGCAAAGAAAAUAUUGAUGAAGAUUUCAAAGAGGAACCCAAUAUAAAUACAUCGACUACAAUUUUCAAACCUCCAGUGCUCAAGAUCAAGAAACCAGUUAGUGGCAAAACUAGAAAUUCAAAGAGUAAGAAAUCUAACUCAAAAACAGAUAAACGGAAAUCUGUAUCGAUAGUUUCACUCAAAUCACUUGAUCACUGCGAUAGCACUGACAUGCCUGAAGCUUCCACUCCUUGUAGAAACAUUCAGGAAACGGACUUGGAUGAUAUGGAGUCACUUCUAAAAUUGAAUAUUGACGAAAGAGUUUCUGAAUCAACAGAUGAAAUAGAUCAAAUCAAUGAACUUCUUCCGUCAAGUUCAAAAAAUUCUGGUGACAAAAUGAUAAUUAAUGAAAAUUACACGUUAUUAGAUGAUAUAGCAGCAGAGACAAAAUUGGCGGAUUCACACUCUGAAGUUAUGAAGAAUAACAAUAUUUUAAAAGGUAAUACUCAACACCAGCAGAAGAAAGUGAAAAGACGCUCAAAGUCAUCUAGAACUGUUGGAAGUAAACCAAAUAAAACGUCUCUUGAUGAACCAGAUUCAGAUGAAAUCAUCGAUUCACUGCCAUUAUCCAUUCUAGUCUCGAAAGACAUUCCACUAGUGACGGAUAUGUCACAAAGUUCAACCGAAACGGAACAGAGCAAACUCGAACAUAUCGAAGAAGAGAAAGAUCCUUUACCAUUGAAAACUGGUGUUGAAGCUAGAUCAAUAGAUUCAGCGAAUAUCCGUGAUCUUACAGAACCUCCCAUCACUCGGAAGAUAAGAAAAAAUAAGAGAAAGAUUGGAAAGCGAAUGAAGAAGGUUACUCCAAAACUAUUAUUAUCUAUUUCACAUAUAAUGGAAACAACUAACCCGGAUAUCCUUUCUCUCAACUCGGAACUGAAUAAAAAAUCUGAAUCCAUACUUUCAGAAACUUCGACCAAUUUAGAAUUUUCAGAAAUAAAAUCACAGACCGAUGUAAAAGGUGAAAUUCAUAGUAAUGAAACUAUGGAACUUUUGUUAAACCUUGAGGAAACUGACACUCGGUCUCUUCCUAAUAUAGUUGGCGAUAUAAUCUGUCAAAGUAAACUUGUACAAGUGAGUGGAAGUGAAAAAAUUCCGGAUCUUCCUGAAAACAACUCUGUAACUAAUACUAGAAAGAAGGUUCAGAGGAGGUCUAGGUCAUUGAAAAACAGGUCACUAUCUGAGCUUUCAGAUGGAGUAGACAUAAGUGGACCUGAAAAAUUGCAUUAUUCCGCUACUGAUUUUACAGAUGUGACUACAAAUAUAUUGCCAAAUGACGAAAACAGCAACAUUUUUACUAAAUGUAUAAAAAGAGAUAGAAAUGUUGAAUCAGAAGAUAAUGAGAAAGAUGAGAACAGCAAAGUCAAACAUGUUGACGAGUUUGUAGAACAACUAAAUGGGAAUCGAUCAAGUCCAAAACCGAAGAAAGCGAUCAAAAAUCGGUCGCAUUCCUGUAAAACUGUCUCUACCAACGAGAUUUCUAUCAAAAAUCAAACUACUGCUUUCAGAGAUGCAAAACCCAGUUUUAUAGGGGAACCAGUGGUUGACUUGGUUAGAUGUGAAACACAGUUGCUCAUUCCAACGUCAGAGCCAUCAAUUACAUUCCAAUCUGACAUACUUGAACCUCUCACUAUCAGUCUACAAAGGGAAGAAUCUCAGGUAUCUGACACUAGUGAUAUUGAUCACAGAAUAUCGCGGAAGAGAACGACUGACGUAAAAGCCAAUCACACCUCAGAUUCCAGCAAUGUUGGACUCACCGGCAGACCUAUUGAAACACUUGAACCCGAAAAAUUGGAAUCUGCGGUUGAGGUUUUAUUGAAAACACCUACUGAUAUUCUUCCCGGAUCUCAGAAGAAAGUUUCAGAAAUCACUAUUAAAGAAUCAGUUGAGCAAAAUUAUGAUGCAACAGAUAUGCUUACGCCCACAAAAAGAAGCUGUAGAUCACUUAAAACCUUGAGUGAUGAAUCACCUUUAAGCGAGUGCAAGAGCUCUGAUAGAGAAUUGUCAGAAUCUGACGUAGAAUUUAAAAUAAAAACACCUCCUAAGAGAAGUCCUAGGUCUCUCAGGAUCCGUAAUAUAAUCAACAAAAAUAAUACCACAAAUAAAAAUCAGAAUUCUAGUAAAGAAAGUAGUGAUACUAGGGUCAUACGGCAAGUGAAAAGAAAGGCCAAAUCUUCGAAAAAUGAUUUGGCAACUCCGUCAGAUGACUCAUUUGGCAAUAAGGAGAAAGUUGUUUUGAAAGUUGAUGAAACAGAAAUGGUUGAAUCCAACUUGUGUUUAAAACCAGAAGGAAAGUCUUGGGUAUCAAGGUCUCUUGAAAACAGUUUUGAAAUUUCUUUGGCUGAACCAAAAAACUCUAUUGAAAUAAACGCAGAAUGGACAGAACAAACAGAAACUCAUAUUGAUUUUUCAAAAGAAAAGCCAAGAUCUGAAACAAAUCCUCUAAUAGCUUUAGGUGAUGAAACUUAUAUUACCGAUAUUUCAAAUUCUAAAACUAAAGGAAACAGAAGAACAACAGAGUCAGAGGUAGAGGAAACACCAUAUCCUGCAGAUAUGAAUUUAGAUUUUAUAACAGUAAAUUCAGAACAAGUAGCAGCUUUGAAAAAUGAAGUAAUCGACAAUAUUAAUUCCCCUUUGAAUAAAAUUGUAGAAGGAACUAUCCAAAGUGGAAAAGAAGAAACAAGUACAAAAUUAAUCACUUCUCUUGAGCAACCUUUGACAAAAUCACUAUCUAAAAAUAAUACAAAUUCUCUGGAAACUAAUGAAAUCUCUUCUAACGACUUUGAUGGAAAAGAUCUAAUCCAUUCGCCAAAUGAUAACAUAAAGCAAUGCAUUGAUGAAUCUAUCACGAAUAAAUCGAAAACUCAAAUCUUCAGGAGAUCUCAAUCUUUCAAAGAGAACUGCACUGUGUCCACUGAAGAGUCAUUUAAAGGCAUUUCAAGUCACAGUGAUAUUGAAAUUACGCAACCUGUAAAUCCCAAGAAUACCUCCUCGAAAACAAAAAGACUGAAUAAAAGAUCAAAGCUUCCAAAGAGCGGUGAACCCAGUUCAAAUGAAUCUAUAAUAAAACAAGACGAAAUUGGUAGCUUAGAACCAUGUGAUAUUGAAAUGAAUUUUAUUGAUAGAAAUGAAUCAGUUCAUAACCAAUCAAAUUCUGAUAUUGUCAACAAGAGAACAAGGAAAAUCUCUCAAAAACGAUCAAAAUCAUUGAAAGGAGUGGAAUCCAUAUCAGCUGAGGCUGCUGAGAUUGAAGUAUUAGGUAGUAACGAAACUGCUUUAUUAGAGAAUACAAUAACAAAGAGACCUACCAGGAGUUCUCGAUCUGUAAAAAAUACUAUAAGUUCUAUGUCGCAGCCUGAAAAGUUUUCAGAAGAAAAACUAGUCGGCAAUGUUGAAGUGCUAAUGCAUCCUGUAGUCCAGGAAUCACAAGAACUAGUCGAAUUGGACUCUAAAUCCAUAUCUUUGACAAAGUUUGACACUGAAGCUUUUUGUAGCACACCAGGUGAAACAGAUAAAUCUGAAGUAAAUCCUUCUGACAAAUAUAACAAACCAUCUAAGAGAACCAGUUCCUUGAAUAAACUUCCCAGUUUUAAGAUACCUGUUGAUAACAUCAAUAAAGAAGAAACCCAAUAUCAGCCAGUGUCUGAUGCCUUUUCACCAAUCGAAAAUCCUAAUACGAGGUCUAGAUCGGUAAAAAUAACGAAUCCGUCUGAAAUUAAUUUCCUAACUUUGUCUAAGGAAGAACCAAUUAAAAGUGUCAAUCAAAUGAACUUGUCAGUUACAAAUGACAAGGAGAAAAACGAAAUAAAUAAUGACAAAACUAUACCAGAUAUCCAUCUGGAAACACAUGAGACUGAAUCUGCUAUAGAUAAGAUCUCGUUGUUACCACAUGAAAAUGGUUCCAGAUCGCUCAGAAAAAAAUCAGCUGUGAACUAUUCAGAAAUCGAGGAAAAUAAUGACUCGUCCAACCCUAUCACGACAACUGAAAAAGUUUCUGCUAGAAAUGAUGGAGAACCAACGGUCAACGUAAAGAAAAACAAAGCUAGAAAGUCAAAUACAAACAAAGUUGGCAAUGAAUCUGUAUUUGAUAUGGAAGAUUCAGAGAAACGCAAUCCCUGUAUUAUUUCCAAGAUCUCCAACACUGAAAUUUCAGCAGAAAAUGCUCACUGUGUAGUUCCUAUUAGAAAUGAGGAUUGCUUAAUGAAAGAAAUUUCAGGGGUUACUGUUAGCCUACAGGGGGAAACAGUUUUCAAUGGAAACAUUCCAGAAAAUACAAUAGAAACCUCAAAUAUUUUACCAAGUUCCACGAAACAGACGAAAAAGUCAUCUAGAAACGGGAAAGUAAUUAGAAAAAAAAGAACAAAAUCUAGAGCGACUGUUGGAGUUCGUCUCCAACCUCCAACACUUGAGAAUUUGACCAAAGAUAUCCAGAUAUCGCCUAGUACAGUUACUCAGAUCGAUAAAGAUGUACCUAACCACGUGAGUGAUGUUACGUCCAAACAGCUAGACAUUAAAGAACCUCCUAUUAAGAUAAUCAUUAAUACUCAAAAGACCAGGAGGAAAUCUAAGAGUAUCAAAAAAAUUGGCCACAAAGGCCAAAACGACUUGUUCGAAGAUUUCUCACUGGUCAUAAAGAAGAAGAGAUCUGCUCCACUGAUAGCUUUCACUCCCCCUAAUACCUUCGCAGAUGAAACUACGUAUCCUUUAUUUCUUUCAAGGCCAAUAGAAAAGCGACUCAGUCCAGAAAAGAAGGAGCCAGAAGUAGACGAUUUGGAUGUGUCAGUAGAGGAAAUGGAUAUGGAAAUAGAUGAGAUUCCGAUAACGUCCAAUAUCAUAGAGAAUAGUCUGAGCUUGGCUUUGCCUAUACCACUAGAGGGGCCUCCUUCUGAAACUGUACCGGAGGUGGUUCCCGAGGCUGUGCUAGAGAAAGUGGAAAUGGAAAUUAAGGCUACACGAGUCGAAAAAGAGAGCAAGAGUUUUGAAGGUUCCAAAGAAGAUUUGGACAUACUUGAAAAGCAAGACUCUCCGGAGGAGCUUGUAUUUUCAGAGAAGCAACUAACAUCUGAAAUUUCACAAAAAAUACCAGAGAAAAAGACUGAAUUGGUUUCCCCAAAGAAGGGAAAAAGAAAAUCGAAAAGUAAAUCUUUACGGAAGGAUUCCUCAAAAACUACCUCAGAGGUCAACGAUCAGGUUGAUGAAUUAAUUAUUGAAAGUUCAGAUCAGCCUGAAUUUUCGCAGUUAUUCGCCAGCAAAAAAUUAGAAUCAAUUUCUGGAUGCAACACAUAUGCUACAGAGAAACAUGUUGACAUGGAUGAAAUUGAAGCUGUAAAAACACCUGACUUGAUUGAACCUGUAUAUAAGACAAUUGAUAAUCACAUUUCUGGGGAGCUUUCCACUAAAGAAGUAGAUAUAGAUCGUAUAUAUGCCUUUUCUGAGACAGAAGACUUCGAAUUGGAAAAACCAAUAGAGUUGCCUGGGAGGUUUCCUAGAAGCAAGGAUGAUGAGUUGCGUGUUUUAGAUGAACCGCUUACGAAGACCGUCACAAAAAAGAAAGCCAAACUUUCUGAAGAACUUGUGCCGGAAGAGAAACAGGAAACCAGCUUUGGGGAAAUCAAAGAAAGUGAAACCGAAUCUAAGAAUUUUGGGAGAAGAAAAUCCAUGCGUAGUGCCAAAAUCAAAGCUCUCGAACAUAUUCACGACGACGCCGUGGCAGAUUUGACUGAGAGCGAACGACAUUCAAAUUCGAAAGCUAUGCAAAGUUCAGUAAACGAGAUGGUUGACAGUGUGUCGAAAAAAAGUUCCAGUAAAAAACAAAAGAAGUCUCUGAAACCUUCGCCGUUGAUCGAAGGCUUGAAUUUUUCUCGCGGGGCAAUAGACGGCGAAUCUCCCAUUCUGGCAGAACUUGUUGCGGAGCUGCACGGUUUAGAGGAAUUGGAGAACAGCAUCGAACGUGAACUGAGCGCUGAAAACGAUGAAAAAGUGGAGGACAAAGAAUCUGUUGAUGUUUCUCUUGACAUUGUAAAUUCUCAUCCUGAUCCCGCUGCUAUGGAAGACAACCAAGAACGCAGGAGAAGUAGAAGGGGCUCUAAGAAAGUCGCCUCCUACAACGAAAACGAUCUCGUAGAUCCGAUUCUCGACGAAAUAGAAGGGAAAAAGAAAACGAAGAAGAUUGUCCCAUCCGAAAGUAAGGUAUCAAAAAAGGCAAAAGAGCCCGUGAAAAAAUUGAACAGCGAGGAGUUAUUCGAUUUGUUGAAAGCAUCGACUGAUAGCAUUUACGUACCAAAACAACAGAACUCUUUUCUGAAUAACCUAGAGGAUACGUCUAGAGACUUGAACGACGAUAACUUUGAUAGCGUCUUUAACGGCGCCUUGAAAAAAUCCGUUGUUUUGGGUCAAAGCACGGAAGUCAAAAGCAAGGUAGACAUCGAGAAAGUUUACGAAUUCACAGAAAGCCCGGAGGAUAGCGAGAAGGCAGUAGACGAACCGUCUACAAAAAGAAAUUCGGUCUGUGCCAAACCACCAGUUGACGAUACCGUUUCUUCAAUAUCAAACUCGUCUUUCCUGCUCCCUACUCCUGACUUACAAGACUCCAGCAGGGACAGCGGUGUCAAAGUUCUGAGAAGUGACAGGUCAGAAAACUACUGCCAGAUUUGCAACAAGUCCUUCAUCAGGAUAGAAAAUUUGAUCAAGCACAAGCGUACGCUGACCCACAUUCAAAAAUUGUCCGAACUUGAGGCGAGAGAAGCAGAAAAAUCUAAGACUGAUGAAGUAACAGGACUGAUUGAAACCGCAGAGGCAGAGGAGAUACCAGCGGAAUCGCUACAAGAUGCUGGAUGCGUCGUUGAAGCUGAAAGUCAUUCUUUAACAGUACAGUCUUCGUUCUCUAACAACCAUAGUCUGAAACUCGCUGACAUUAUCAACGACGUCCUUAAUAAACCGGUAUCGCUGGAGAAAGAAGAACACAUGUUUUCUGACAUUCUGCAGGAUACCAACGAACUCCAGGCUGAGGUGAAAAGGUAUAAAAGCUUGGGCGAGCGUAAGAGUUUCGACUCUGAAAGUGCCUUGCCGAGCGAUCGUGCUGUAUCGGAUUCCUUCGAGUCCAAAACUAUGAUUCUAGAAAAGCAAAUAAGCCUGUUGGAGGGCAUAAUCGAACACCAAGCCACCAAUAACUACAUUGAUGAUAUCUCUAUCUCGUCUGAUAGUCUCUCCGGAAGGCAAAGCCCCUCUGAUGUGGGCUCCAAGCUGGAAGAUGAAGCUACCAGAAAUGACUUGCCUAAACCGCUUGCUGAUGACGGUAGCUUCAUCAAGCCUGUUCAGUAUGAGGAAAUUUCCGAGGAUAGCGCUAACUUACGUAACUACGAAGAUCAGAAAUUGAGGAAGACACUUAAUAGAGAUGAAGAGUUGUUUCUGGAAUGCUGCAGUUUGCUGAAAAGCGGCUCGGAGGUGUCCAGCAGCUAUUCCAAUAAACGAUUGCAGAAUAAAGUUAUGAGUACGGGGGGUCUCAGGCAGGUCGACGAGCCCGAGUGGCUGGAAAAGAAAAGUUUGGUGCAAAAGCCGCAAUAUGAUAUUAUUGAUGACUCCGAUGACAACUCUAGAAUCCCGACACCUUUGGGAGAUAGUUACGAUGACGAUGCUUCCAAUUCCAAUACGAUUUCUUCCAACUGGGAUAUGACUGACAGAGUUCCGGAAGUUUGUCAAGAUGGGAGGAAGACUCGAGACAAAAAGUUCCACUUCGAGGAGAUUUCCAAGGAGAAGCUUCAGGAUCAGAGCGGCUUGAAAUUCGAGGGACUAUUAGCAAGUGAUAGAACCGGUUUUUCUACCGAGGAUGUCGGCAAUUUUCCAAAGAAGACCAGAACAGAUACGAGUUCCGAAGGUUCCUCUAAUGACCCCAAGAGGGUCAUCACUAAAGGUGCUAGAAAAGUAUUCGAGGGCCUUAAAGUUUCCAUCCCUACCGAAGAACUGAAUUUAGAAGAGGUCCUCAACAGUAGCCCAAAGCCCAGGAAAUUAUCCAAAGAGAGUCACCUUAAAUCAGACAAACUGACUGGAUCCCCCACUCUCCCAGUAAAAGCCCCCAGAAAAUCGAAGCCUGUUAAGAAGUCUCAAGUGGGUAGUAAUCUCUUGUUCAAGGUGAACAAGAAGAAGGUCCUGUCUCCUGGUAGCGGAAAGAAUGGUGAUAGCAAAAACUAUGACGUCUACGAUUUUGAAGAAACCCAAGAUGGGACUGACGUGUUCACGAAACCAGACUACCGAACGUUCAGAACCCUGAAGAAUGGCGAACCGUCCAAUGAGCUCGAGAGCGAAACUGACAGCAGAGAGUACCUGGACACCUUCAGCUUGGGACCGGAAUCUGUGACUUCCAGCACUUCCUCCCUGCCGCCUGCGAAGAAGCCGAAGACGCAGGAAAACAUCACCAAAAAGAAGUGCAUGAUCAUGGGGAGGAUCUUCAAGAAUACGGCUGCGAAAACGAAAAUCGAAGACAUCGACGAGGAAAUCCGGGAUAUACCGAUUAUGAACCAUGAAGAACUGGUGGAGAGCUACGUCGCGGAUUGCAAGAAGGUUAUCAGGAACGAGGGCAAGCCAAGGUUGUCUGAGACGGAAAUAAAUGUGCUUUUUGACCAGCUGCUCGAGAAUAGGACUAGCGACAAAGAGGGCGCUAGUAGUAGCGUCAAUAAAACGACUCCCAAACAAAAACAGGACCUUAAAAAAGCGGAGAAUAAGAAGAAAGUUAAAGCGAAAGGCAAAAAAAGAGCCCGUACCAAUUCCGCAUCUAGCGACGAUGAAUUCAGCCUGAACAAAACGAUUAAGAAACGCUCGAGCAAGAAGAACGGCAAGGAGGAAGACAACUGCAUCAACCUUGAGCAAGAACUAAAGGAGUGCAUCGGAGUGGCCAGUCGCAAAAGCCAAAGGAAAUGCACGAGCGGAAAGCAGAACGUUCUCAUGGAGUACUGGAGCUCCGAUGAAUCUCAGUUCGAGGCAAUACUGGAGACCCAGAGAGCGGCAGAACCGGAGGUCGCUGAGGCAUCACCAGCAGUUGAACCGCCCAUCGCCGAGGAACAGCCAAAAGAUCAGGAGGUGUUUGACAAACCGAAAUCUGUUAGCAAAAAGCCUCACAAGAAAAAGCUGACAGAGAGAAAGAAGAGCAAGUCCCACGACCCUGCAGCCAUGGCGGACACUGCCACAUCAAAUAGGAGAAAGAGAGCUGCCCCCGAUCCGCUAUAUCACUGGUCAAGUUCCUCAGAGGAUGAAGCCAACGACCUCAUCGAGGUGAGGUCUUCACGGGACGAGCUGGAAGACGAAGAAGACAGGCCUGUACAGCAUGGGUGGAUAGUGGGCGAGUCUCCGAAGAAGCUCGUGAUGAUGCUGGCCCAGGCAAAGGGCAAAAAAACUGACAUUGACUGUGUUAAAGAGCAGGGCAAGAAACGGACUAACGCCGUUAGUUGACGGUGAUCGGUAAAAGUUUAGUUGGUGCACCAGCACUUUAUAACAGCGUGCACCUUAAUUGUGUAAAUUCAUUCGUGCUAGGGCUAUUCAAGAUUGUACAGUUUUCCUUAGGUGUAAGACUAAAUUGAAUAUUCUAAGAGGCAGCUUGUAUUGUACCCCUCUAAAUGUCCAAUGUUUUAGUAUCUUUCGAUAAGGCACUAAAAUGGUUCGAUUUUUUUUUAUACUAAUCUGAAUAGGUUUAUUCAAAGAGAAUUUUUUUUUUUUUAGUUCAGAAUUGAUAUACUUUUUUUCGUUAAUUUUUAUAUGGAUAAUGAAUGUUGUUUGUAUUUUACGUUGUUUAUGUAAUUGGGUAGUGCGUGGAUUAGCUGCCAAUAUUGCCAUUUUUUUUAUAAAAAUAUCGUGAGCAGAAAUGUAUAAAUAAAUUUUGUUAAAGUU